UUUAAAAGAAAGACGCCGUGCCCCCCCCCCUACCCCCCCCCGGGUGAUGGAGGAGAAGAAGAAGGAGGAGGGGGAGUCGGAGAUCCAGGAGCACGGCCCCGAGCACUGGUUCUCGAAAUGGGAGCGGCAGUGCCUGGCCGAGGCCGAGCAGGAGGAGCCGAGCGAGGAAGAGGCCGAGGGGAGCCAGCAGAAACUCUGGCACCUCUUCCAGAACUCCGCUACCGCCGUGGCGCAGCUCUACAAAGACCGCGUGUGUCAGCAGCAAGGAGGACUCUCUCUCUGGGUACCUUUUCAGAAUGCUGCAACAGCUGUCACCAAUCUCUACAAAGAAAGCGUGGACGCACACCAGAGAAGCUAUGACCUGGGAAUUCAGAUCGGCUAUCAGCGGCGCAAUAAGGAUGUGUUGGCUUGGGUUAAAAAGCGCCGGAGAACAAUACGAAGAGAGGACUUGAUCAGCUUCCUCUGUGGAAAAGCACCCCCACCAAGGACUUCUAGAGCUCCUCCGAGACUGACUGUAGUGUCACCUUCAACAGAGACAAGCUCAUCCGUAGAGACUGACUUGCAGCCCUUCCGAGAAGCCAUAGCUUUGCAUGGUCUCAGUGGUGCAAUGGCCAGCAUCAGCGUUCGCUCCAGCACUCCCGGGUCCCCGACCCACGUGAGCGGGGCGUCCAACCCCAGUCGCAGGAGGAACGGGCUUCACGAUGUGGACUUGAACACUUUCAUAUCAGAAGAAAUGGCACUCCACUUAGACAAUGGUGGCACUAGGAAGCGGACCUCAGCCCAGUGUGACGUCAUCACAGACUCCCCAACUCAUAAACGCAAUCGAAUGAUCUGAACUCGAUUCGUUAAUUAGAAAA